UUCUCCGCAACAGCCGCGGGCGAAGGGUGAGCGCUGCGGUAUUUUGUCCCGAGCGGUGACCCCUCCUCCCAGGGAGGCAGAGGCUGCGGCGGCAGCCGUGGAGGUGGCGGCGGCAGCGGUGGCGGCCCGGCAUUGAGGAGAGGCCGAGGCCGGCCCGGCGGCCUGAAGGCCGCGAGAGGCGGAGGCCGGGCUACCUUCGCGCGCCGCACGAACGGAGGGGAGGAGGCGGACGCGAGCGAGCCCCGCCCGGCCACUGGGAAGGUGGGGGAGACUCCGCGCUCCUCUCGCCCUCCGGCCGCCCCGCUGGCCCUGCAGCCGCCGCCGCCGCCUCGGGCUUCAGCUCCGGGCCCCGCGGUCCCGGCCGGAGAGGGGGGGCGGCGAGUGCUCCGGGAGCUGCCGGAGAUGGCCGGAGGACACUGCGGCAGCUUUGCCGCGGCGGCGGCUGGCAGCGGCGAGAUCGUCCAGCUGAACGUGGGGGGGACCAGAUUUAGUACCUCAAGACAAACUCUAAUGUGGAUUCCAGAUUCUUUUUUUUCCAGUUUACUGAGUGGAAGAAUUUCAACACUUCGAGAUGAAACUGGUGCUAUAUUUAUUGAUAGAGAUCCAGCAGCUUUUGCACCCAUUUUAAAUUUUCUUCGGACAAAAGAACUAGACUUAAGGGGAGUAAGUAUUAAUGUUCUCAGGCAUGAAGCAGAAUUUUAUGGAAUCACUCCAUUAGAGAAAAUAAAAAUGGAGUACUGUUUUUCUGUUUGCAUGUACUCUUGACAAGUUUGCUUUGAAAUGUUUUUAGUAAGAAGGCUUCUCCUAUGUGAAGAAUUGGAGCGUUCAUCUUGUGGCAGUGUCCUUUUUCAUGGUUACUUGCCCCCACCAGGCAUUCCUAGUCGUAAAAUAAACAACACAGCUAGAUCUUCUGCUGAUUCUCGGAAUGGACUAAAUUCUGCAGAAGGUGAAGCCCGGGGAAAUGGUACUCAACCUGUUCUCUCUGGAACUGGAGAAGAGACUGUUAGACUGGGAUUUCCUGUGGAUCCACGAAAGGUGCUAAUAGUAGCUGGCCAUCACAACUGGAUUGUAGCUGCAUAUGCUCAUUUUGCUGUGUGUUACAGAAUCAAAGAAUCUUCAGGAUGGCAACAAGUGUUUACAAGCCCCUAUUUAGACUGGACUAUUGAACGAGUGGCUCUAAAUGCAAAAGUAGUUGGAGGUCCACAUGGAGACAAAGACAAAAUGGUUGCUGUUGCCUCAGAGAGCAGCAUCAUCCUGUGGAGUGUUCAGGAUGGGGGAAGUGGAAGUGAAAUUGGAGUGUUCAGCCUUGGUGUUCCUGUAGAUGCCCUCUUCUUUAUUGGUAACCAGUUGGUGGCCACGAGUCAUACAGGGAAAGUAGGAGUGUGGAAUGCUGUCACUCAGCACUGGCAGGUUCAAGACGUUGUUCCUAUAACUAGUUAUGACACUGCUGGGUCAUUCCUCCUAUUGGGAUGUAACAAUGGAUCAAUAUAUUAUAUAGAUAUGCAGAAGUUCCCUUUGCGAAUGAAGGAUAAUGAUCUUCUUGUAACUGAACUCUAUCAUGAUCCUUCAAAUGAUGCUAUUACUGCUCUGAGUGUUUACCUCACACCCAAAACAAGUGUCAGUGGUAACUGGAUUGAGAUCGCCUAUGGUACAAGUUCUGGAGCAGUACGAGUGAUUGUACAGCACCCAGAGACAGUUGGGUCGGGUCCUCAGCUUUUUCAGACUUUCACAGUUCACCGAAGCCCUGUUACAAAAAUCAUGCUGUCAGAGAAGCAUCUUGUAUCUGUCUGUGCAGAUAAUAAUCAUGUCCGCACAUGGACAGUAACACGAUUCAGAGGAAUGAUCUCUACUCAGCCAGGUUCCACUCCUUUAGCAUCAUUCAAGAUAUUGUCUCUGGAGGAGACAGAAAGUCAUGGUAGCUAUUCCUCUGGAAAUGACAUAGGGCCUUUUGGAGAACGAGAUGAUCAACAGGUGUUUAUCCAGAAAGUUGUUCCCAUCACUAACAAACUAUUUGUGAGACUUUCAUCUACUGGGAAAAGAAUAUGUGAGAUCCAAGCUGUUGACUGUACUACAAUAUCCUCAUUUACAGUGAGAGAAUGUGAGGGAUCCAGUAGGAUGGGCUCAAGGCCAAGGCGCUACUUGUUCACAGGCCAUACAAAUGGCAGCAUUCAAAUGUGGGAUCUGACCACUGCUAUGGAUAUGGUUAAUAAAAGUGAAGAUAAGGGUGGUCCAACUGAAGAAGAACUACUCAAAUUACUAGAUCAAUGUGAUCUCAGCACAUCUCGCUGUGCUACACCUAAUAUUAGUCCAGCAACUUCUGUGGUUCAGCAUAGCCGCCUUCGAGAAUCAAAUUCUAGCCUUCAGCUUCAGCACCAUGAAACCAUUCAUGAAGCAGCUACUUAUGGUUCCAUGAGGCCUUACAGAGAAAGUCCUUUGUUAGCAAGGGCAAGAAGGACUGAGAGCUUUCAUAGUUAUAGAGACUUCCAGACUAUUAAUUUGAACAAAAAUGUAGAAAGAGCUGUUCCUGAAAAUGGUAAUUUGGGUCCAAUACAAGCUGAAGUGAAGGGGGCAACAGGGGAAUGUAAUAUAUCUGAGAGAAAGUCUCCCGGAGCAGAAAUCAGAAGUUUGAAAGAAUUGGAUAGUGGAUUAGAGGUACAUAAAACAGCUGAAGUUUUUUCUGAAUCCAAGAAGAGGUCAUCAGAAGAUGAAAAUGAAAAUAAAGUAGAGUUAAGGAAGAAAGGAGGAUUUGAAGGGGGAGGAUUCCUUGGAAGAAAGAAAGUUCCCUAUCUGGCAUCAUCACCAAGUACUUCUGAUGGAGGAACCGACUCGCCUGGUACUGCAUCCCCGUCCCCUACAAAGACCACCCCGUCUCCAAGGCAUAAAAAAAGUGAUUCUUCAGGUCAAGAGUACAGUUUGUGAAAACUCACUAAAAUGAAUGGUAGUUUUGUUAAAUUAAGAUGAAAAUUAAAUUUUCCUGGAUUUCAGUACAUUAGUUUUUACAAUGAGGCUUUAUAAGAUAAAUUGGGUGUCAUUUAUUAUCUUUUUAACAGAAUUACCUGGAAUAAGGAGAUAAAAUAAUCAUAUCUCUUAAUGUUUUGGAAGGUUUUUUAGUUUUACAAACACAUUUAACAGAUUAUUUGCAAAGCAGUAUCCAUUUUAAUGUUUAGCUACUCUUUGUUGGUUUUGUUAUCAUAGUACCACAUCUUAAUAGGAUGGUGUCCAUACAGAGGAAUAUUCCCUGGAGCAUGGGAACCAACAGACUGCAUUCCUAAUCUUUAUUGUGCCUGAGACUUGUCUUGCAAUGUUAUCUUAAGUGAAUAACAAUUCUUUUUGAAAGUUGGUCUCCCAACCCUUAUUGUGAUUUCAGUGUGUUUACCAGAUAUUUGAUGAGGUGCUACGUUUGUGAAAAAAUAUCAUGUAAUUAAAAAACACUAUUAUUUUGAAUACCAGAUUCCACUGUGUAGUAAGACUUUUAGGAUUUUUUUUUUUUUUUUUUUAAUCGUGGGUCACUUUCUGAUUCUCAUUGUUGGAAGUUCUUAAGUCUUAGCAUGCAUCACCACGUAGAAAGAGCUGUUCCUGAAAAUGGUGCAAAAAGUCCAUGUGAACUUUCUUUCAAGUUGGAGCAAUUGUCUAUUUCAGAAAAGAUGAAAUAAAAAUAAUAAUCAAAGGCAAAGCUUUGAGGGCCCAGAAGGGAAAACUCAGUUGCUAAUCUGCCUUGUUUUAAGAGCCACCUUUCCUUUUAUUUUUUUUAAAGUAUUAAUAAUCAAAAUAACUUAAAUGUAGGCCAUUUUGUUAAAUGAGAUUGUAGAUUUGGGUUUUUGGCUGAAAGUUUUGGCUAUUGUAAAUGUGUUAUUUUGGAUAUAAUUUCAAUUGUUAGAGAAAAAAAUUUUGUUUUUUCAUUUAAUUGGAAUGAUUUUCAAGUUUCUGCAAAUGGGGUAAGUGCAAAUUUAAACCAUUAAGCAUUUAUUGCUGAAGAAUGUAUAUAUUCCCAUUCCAAGAAAUAUAAUGAGUAAAAUUGAAAUAAAUUCUUUAAAGUUU